ACAGGCUUGCAAUGCUAUACAGCAGCGCUUUCAGCGACGCCCAAAACAACGAAUUGGCCGCAGCAUAAAUCGGCUCUGGGCCAGGCCUCAGUGGGGCCGAGGCAGCAACGGCGAAAAAUGGCGGAUAAAUCUGAAGCUGCACUGGAUGGCAAAGCUCUACAUUCGUUGCGCGUCGUCGACCUCAGAUCGGCGCUCGAGAAGCGGGGACUACCGAAAAGUGGAAGCAAGAAGGAACUCGUUGAGCGGUUGAAGCUGCAACUUAAGAUAGAGAAACUACACGAGGAGUCUGUGAAGGCUGAAGAUCGGGUGCCCAACCUUGACCUCCAAGAUGAGCUGACUGGACAGAAUGACUUCGUCAGGCAGUACUUGGCGGCACAACAACAAACAUAUGCCAUGCAACUUAAAGAGCGUAGACUGGCCGAAAUGCAGGCCUUCAGCAGUGCACCAGAUCAAGUGGGUGGUGAAGAGGCUGCUGCAGUGCCAGUGGUGCUGAGCCCAGCUGUGGAUGAGAAGAGCAGCCACCAAGGGUCUUGGGAGCGUCCACGCAGAGGCCGCACAUGCCCAUCUUCUAUAGAUCCAGGAGGGAAUGCUAGCCAUUGUCCCUACCAAGGAAAGUUGCCUGUGGGAGCAAAUACUGCAGUGGACACUUGCAGAAGGAGUAGACUUCGCCAGAAGAGGCUAUCUCCUCCAUGUCCUGCCAAGAAAGGGCGCACAAAGUCAGCAGGAGGAGGGGAGCAAGAGCAAAGUUGCCAGCCACAGCCUGAAUUUUCAAGCACUCAAAAUGAGUGCAGCAUGCACGACAUGGUGCAAAGGACUGUACAAUCACCUCGAAAAGGAGCAGUAGCACCUGCUGUUUCUCCCCCACCAAUUGAUGAGCGUAAAGACCACCGAUACCCUUCCAGGAGGAAACGAGAGAAGUCUGUCAGCGAAGAAAUGGUCACUGCUUCACAACCCGGAUGCACAGAAGCCAUCACCAAUGAUGAAAAAGAGGCAUGUGAUGUAGAAGCAUGUCAAGCAACACCAGCUAGCCACCAGGACAAAACAGCUGAGAAAAGUGAAUGUGUGAGAGAGAAACAUGCACGGUUAGAAGAUCCAUCCCCAGCACUUGUGACUGCACACAGAAGCACACGAAAGAAAAACAAAAGGAAAUCAUUAACGACCAUGGGCACAAAUGCUGAAUCUAGCCCAUUAGAGUUGAGCCAGCAAACGUUACCACAGCAUUUACCAGAGGCUGAUCAGUCGAACAUCGAAAGAACAAGCUACCCCAUCCAAUGCUCUGUAGUAGAUGGAAGCAAAAAAAGGGGAAAGCCAUUGCGGAUGCUCAUAACAAGGACUGGCACAACAAAGAGUGUCAUCUCUUGCAACCGUGUAAAUAUGCGAUGUGAACCAUUACCUGAAAAUGCUGCUGCAUGCCAUUUGAACACUUCAUCUACUCAAGUGCCUUGUAAUGUGCUACCAAGUGAACCAGCACUUAACUCAUCUGCCUUAAAGGAUUCCCAACCAGACACACAAGAUACCCAAAGCCCAAGCCGUUUGUUAGAAGUCCAAGUUGGAGAUGACCUUCAUGAGACGUUGAACAAAUUACACAUAACAGAGGCGGAAAGUAGGAAAAAAACAACGGAGACAGAUAGUGCGAAGGAAAGUCUAAGCUCAGUACAAUGUGACACAAUACCAGUGUGUGCAACACCUGAAAGGAGUGCACCAAGUUUGGUGGAACAAGAGCGGAAAGAAGACUUAAAUAAGGACUCUGUUACGAGGAAUUGUGAUGCAAACACUGUGGAAAAUACACCAUCAGAAAACAAGAAUUUUCAGCCAGCAGCAGCUGCAAUUGUUAAAGAUGUGGAACAGAAAGCACUAGAACAAGAUCUGAAUGCUUCUUCAACAUCUCCUGCUGAACACAAUACCCCUAGCACAAGUAGCAUGGCAGCAGGUGCAUCUAGCAGCCCCACAAGACCAUCUGUGCGUAGACCGCUGACGCUAGAAGAAAUGACAAGUGCUGUUGAAUCCAUUCUUCAAACAACAGAGCAAACACUGGCCCUGAAUGAACAGUGUCAAGACAUGCCUGACACUCAUGCCAACCUCAUUGAUGAAAAAGAACUUGACAAUGCUACUGACAGCCUUUUAAAAGAGAUGAGUGUUCAUAACGAAGAGAACUUGCAGCUCACCACCUCUUGCCUGUCAGCACAGCAGGACAAAAUAGAUGAAUUCUCAACAUCAACAACUUUACAUAAGAAUUACAUUCCCAGUGAUGACAAGAGAGGCUGUGGAACAGAGGAAGUCAGUGUAAAAUGUGCUACUGAGUCACCUUAUAAUAUUGUAUUGUCGCAGAGCGAACCAGCCAUGUUUGAAACACAGAGCAGCAUUUCACAAAAUGAAGAGCUUAUCUGCACUACUAUAUUGCCUACAGAUGCUACAGGAAUACUAUCAGGAGCAUCCCUUACUGAAGGAAAGGUACUGGAUGAAGGAGCACAACCAAGCACACCUAACAGUUCUAGUUCACCCCAAUGCUUUGAUGCUGUAGGGUUAGAUACAAUUGUUACAGAAACCAAACCCUGUACAACUGUAGAGAAUGACAAGCACCAGCAAAAAAUAUCUCAACAGAGCACUUCAACUGCAAUCAGCACUUCACCUCCAACAGAAUGCUUAGAAGACAUGGAUACUCAAAGACCAGAUGAGCAUACAAGAUCGACAAUCACAGAAGCUUCAAAAAAUGACAGUACACGGGAGCCACUGAACAGUGAACCUUCACAACUUCUCAAUUCUAAAAUUCCUGUGCAAGUGCUUGAGAAUGACCAAAGCAUAAAGACAGACCAUGUAGUGCAAGAAAUGGGCGAUAAAAGUUCACUCCAGGAGACUUCCUUUUAUCAAGAAACUUUUCAACCUUUACAUAAAACACAAGCUAAAGAUGAUGGCCAGAAAGCUCUGGCAAGCCACAAAUCUUCAGGUUGCCUUCAUUCUGCUUGUGAAGACAAAGAUGUACCAGGCAGUCUUGAGUGUGUGCCACCUCUUGAAACAACAUUGAAACAAAGUGCAGGUGUAGAACUGUGCAGCAACUUAACAUCACUGGAUAUAUUAGAUGACACACAGAAGCUGCAUGCAGACGUUUCAGAAAAAGGUGCGUCACCAGAAAAGCAACUUAACACUCCAGACUUCAGUCUGUCUGAAACAACCUUGGAAACAAUUUCUUGUUCUGGUGAUAAGGCAUCAAAAUCAGCAGACACAGUAGAAACAUCUCUGCCAGAAGUAGAACCAUGCAAAGAACAGCGGAUCAUAAAUACACUGGAAGUGCUCCCAUGCUCCCGUGGUAGUGAUAACACAUCCAUGAUAAAAAGCCGAAGUGGUACACUUUAUACCACAGAACAUGAGGAAAGCAAGAAAAUGGAUACUUCUGGUUUUCUUCCAAAGUUGCUUUCAUCAAACUCAGAAGAAAGUGCUGAUAAUAGCAAGCAACUUGACCUGUCCAGUACGUCUCUGGGUGCUGAUACACCAGUAAUGCUUUCAUCAAACAGGGAUGCAGGAAUGCAGCAGGAAUCAGAUAACAGAUGCUCCAGCUAUUUCCUUGAAGAGCAAUCAAUAAGGGGAUCAGGCUCAAAUGAGGGUCUUCAAAAUGAAGGAACAAAAACUAAAGCAACAGCAGGUGCUCUUUCAACAGUUCCCAAUGAAGAAAAGGAACCAGCAGAAGAAACCACAACUGACAGCCUGAAAACACAGGAAUGUACAGAAAACACAAUGCAUGAAAUUAAUGAGAAAGCAGCAGUGGUCACAGGAGAUGCAGGAUGUACAAUCUCCAACAAUGGGAACACUGAUGAGCCCCCUGAGCGAAAAAAAGACGUGCUUCACUUUCCACAAGAUGAAGUACCACAAGAGAUGUCUGUUCAAUGCUAUACUUCACCAGUGGAUGAACCUGGAGACAAAGACACUAUGUCAACAUAUACAACUAACCAAGAUUCUAAUCUUACCAGCUGCAUAUUGCCUAUGCCUCAAGACAGGUACAACUCAGAAGCACUUCCAGAUUUUUCACUUGAAGAAGCAACCAGUGUGAAUUUAGACAACUCUAAUGAUGCUAUGAAUCCAAGGGUUUCAGACAGUUCAGUCACAAGUUCAGUGCCAUUGUCAGUGGCUUCUGAGAGUUCAUCAGGCAGCUUGGCUAAAGCACACAAGCAAAAUGAAGAGGCUCAAGCUGUAAGCACAGUACCCUGCAGCUUAGGUGCCGGCUUCACAGUGACCCAGCAGCAGCACCAACAGCACCAAGAUGCCUCAAGUUUAAGGAGCUGUGACUCGACAACAGAGUCUUGUAAUGCUUUACAGCAUUCACCAGCACUGUCAGUCAAAGAGUGUGCAGCAAGAUGCCCUGAUGCUAACUCAGCUAUCAGUUUGUCAGCAAAAGGGCAAUGUUAUGAUGGAUCUGUUCUAGCACCUGAGAGUACAAUCGUAGAGUGUGGUAUGCUUCAUCACUCUAGUUCUCCCAACACUCCGAAUGUAAUGGGACCAGUGCAACCAAAUUCAUCAACAGGCAUUCAAGACACAAAGGAAAUGCCUGCUUUCAUUAUACCAUGUUCCAAUACCCAUAAACCUAGUGCAAUUUGUCAGUUCUCCAGGCCGCAUGAAAAUGAUGACAUUCCAAGCAAGCCCAUGCAAGGUGAUCAACAAAUGCAAGCAACUCACGACGGAAGAGCUGCACGAAAAGAAGUAAAAAAUGACACUUCUGUUUCCGGAGAAAUUAUGGACAGCAGUGAUGCCAUGAAAUCAAGAUCACCUGUAGGUUGUGCAUGUGAUGAUUUAAACCCUGCAGAAAGGAAACUUGAAAACAAAGAUAAUUUUGAUAAUUCCGGAGUGUCGCCUGCGUGCUCUGAGGAAGCAAACUUGGCCAUCACUGGAGAACUGUUUGUCACUACUGCAGAAACUAAAGCAGACAUUAAAAAUGCUGCAGCAGAGCACAAACAGAGUGCCACGACAACACAUGAGGUUUCCAGUGAACUGGAAAAUACUGAUAAAAUAGAAGUGACCGACUGCACAUGCACGAAAUCACCAGCUAAGAUUUUGUUGCAAGAACAUGAAAGUCUGGAUGAAAGAAAGAAUGAAGCACUGGCAACUAACACCCAAAUGAUCAUACUUCACAGCAAUAGGGCGAAUGCAACACGUGAAGAACUGUUAUUGGACAAAAAUGAUACUUUUCAAAAGGAAAAAUGCAGCACACACAAUAAUCAAUAUAAACAAGAAGUGGGAGCCAACCUUCACCUGUGUGGCACAUCACCUAAACAUCCACCUUCCGCUAUGUCUGUGAUAAUAAAUGCACAUGUGGUACAUGAAGCAAGUGCAGCUUCUCGAGACUUUUCAGAGGAAUCCACAAACAUCUCAUUUCCUGAGCACUCGGAAGAACUUGGCACUGACGCCAUACAUGAACGAGAACCUGUAGAAGAAUUUGAAAGUUUCAAGUUUGGUGGGCUCCAUGAUGUGGGCAUUGAAGAACAUAGUAACAACACACUGAAUGUCACUGGGUCCACCAACAUAUCAGUAAAGGCCAGAAAUACAAUUCACAAAGGUGCUGAAACAAGCUGCGAUCCUCACAGCAGCACAUUAAGAAAUGAAAAUUCUCCAGAACAUUCAAAUUUAUCAUCUGUUGUCCCAGAGGAUGGCAUAAGGUCUCAAAAUGUUGAAACAACAGUGACUUCAGCAAUUAUGGAGCAGGCGAAUGUGAAGGGCAACGAUGACAGCAGUGCUUUUUAUUCUCCAAGUGAGGCAUGUUUCACUGGGCUGAAUGCAACUCCUGAACCAAGCAAUAUAGAACCCACCUUAACGGGACACAAAGAAAUGUACGCCAAAAGGACGGGUAGCGAAUUUGCACAUAGCCCCACUGACCUCAGUCGAAGCACAACACAAGUGGAAUAUUCAACUGCAGCACAUGCAGUUUCGCAUAUCUCUGGCGCUGAACGCACUGUUAACUUAGCAGACAUGGAUACUUCCGAUAGCGAUCAAGCGGUGGAAAAGCAUACGCUUAGUUUUUCCACAAAUGCCGAGCAUCUCAGUAGGCCUGUAGAAAUUGUGAAUAGCUCGUCGAACUUUGCCGUUAAGGAUGAGUUAGUGUUGGGAUUCACUGCUGGAAAUCUGCAGCACUGCGCACCUUUACUUGUUGAAGAUAUUCCAAAGGACUUGGAAGGCCAAGACAAAGAACAUACUUUUAGUAGUCCGUCCAACUGUGCUAAAGGAAACGAUAACAGCGCAAUUUAUGACAGCAAAGGAACAAAAGAAGAUUCAAUGCAAAUGGAAGCAACUAUGUGCACCGAGCAACACGGCGCAGAUCUCAUAAGGUCGCCAGGAGCAGAUGGCAUGGACAUUGAUGUUGCAACAGGUUCGAUGGAAUUUCCAAGCUGUUCCAAGUCCCAUGCGGACACUGCGGCGUCGAACAGUUGCGGUGCACACAGUUUCAAUAUCGCGGCUUCUCCGAAACGCAACGUCGAGUGGCAGUGUUCGGUCAGCUGCACCAACUCUCAGCUACAUGAAGCGUGUGAUCCCCUCCCACAGAACUGCGGCAAGUCCGACGCUAGCGCCGGUCUUCAAGACAAAACACGGGAGACAGGGAGAAAUGUUCUAGGCCGUGUUGACACUAGUGAUAGCAGUGAGGACACCAGCUGUUCUGAAAGUGAAGAACACGAAAUGGCACGCCUACGAGGCCGAGGGGUGCGCAAGCAGGUGCCUGCUCGAGCCACUAAGGAGUCAUCAGAAGCAUCCUCUGAUGGAGAGGGCAGCGAGGCUGGAAACCGGCGACUGCGGAAUGGCCGCCGUGCAACGCCGGAGGAACCUCAGGCGAUGCGGCGAUCAUCGCGCAACCGCAAGGCGGCUACAGAGGAAAGCCCCAAGGAAGACUCUGAUGCAGCCACUGAACCUGAGAGCACACCGGGGAGCCCACAACUGGAGGAAGGCCAAGUGCUGAGUCCCGUGAAUGAAGAGGAGGAGCAGAAGCCUGUGGGUAAGAAGGCAUCUGAGGGUAGUUCAAGCUCAUCAUCAUCAGAGUCGUCGGAUACAUCGGAUGGGGAGGAGGAACCAGUGGGUCGGAGGGGCCUCAAGGGGGUGCUGGCGUCGCCCCCAGGGCGACACCAGGCACCCUCUGAAGGGCCCCGUUCACCCCCGAACAGCGAGCCAGCUCAGGAGGAGGACGUGAAAAGCCAGGAGGAGCCAGCUGAAGUGAAGACUGUUGAGCCUGACCAGCGUCCACUGCAAGAGGAGAGGCCAGCCAAAGAAAGCGUUCCUGAAGAUGUAGAAAUGAAGGAUGAUGACGAGAGCCAGCCAGCUUCUGGGGCAUCACCACCCAAGUUCAAAACCAGGAGGCUGUCGACAGCAGCAUUGAAAAAAGAUUCUGAAGAUAAGGAGGAGCGACCACAGCGGAAGCGCAGAUGGGGCUCUACGAAUGUUGUCCUUGGUCCUUCCGUGAGCAUUUCUACUGCGGCAUUGAAGGACCUGAUACCCGAUAUUGAAGAGCCACUAUCCAAGCCCAAAGAGCUUGAAGAGGAGCAUGUCACUGCAUCUGUUGGAGAGUCACCAGUCACAGAGCAGGAGGAAGCUUCUGACGAGCCACCAGCUAAACUAAAGGUUGUAGAUGAUGAACCUACUAGUGAAGAAAUGCCACCCUGCAGUGACAACACAGAAAAAGAUCAGGAAAAGGGGGAAGAUGGAGAGCCUAGUCACGGUGAAAAGUCUACAAAGGGUGACAGGAUUGACAAGGCUUCAAGAGAUGAGAAACCUAAUGAUGAUAGGCUUCCAAGGAGUGAACGCUUCUCUCGAGAUGAAAAGGAGAAGCACUCUGGCAGGGAUGAGAAGACAAACAAAGCUGAAAAACCUCCGAGAGAAGUUAGUAGAGAUGAUAAGCAUGGAAGGCAUGAAGCAAGCACAAAGGAAACAAAAGGGGCCAGAGAAAGGGUGUCGCCAAUUACAGCACCAACUGCUGAGCGCAAGGCCCUCCAUGUGAUCUCAGACAGAGCACCCUUGUCUAAAAGGCCUGCAGCAGGCAAGGACGAAGCUGGCCAGCGCAAGUUGGCAAGCCCACCAAGAAACCCAAAGAGCCGCAUUUUGUUUGUGCGCAACCUUGUGCGGCCUUUUACGUUGAAUCAGCUGAAACAGUUGCUUCAAGAAUUUGGAGAUACCGUUGACUCUGAGUUCUGGAUUGACAAGAUCAAGUCCAAAUGUUUUGUAACUUAUGUAUCGGAGGAAGAUGCUGUCAAAGCCAGAGAAGCAUUACAUAACUUGCGAUGGCCACUCUGCAAUCCAAAAAUACUACACGUGGAUUUCUCAUCACCUGAAGAGAUGGAACGUCAGAAGGAGCCUCCUACACCACCACCACCUAGGCCAGUAGCUGUUACAGAGCGGACUGUGCCAGCAUUUCAGCGAACUGUAGAGGUGGACACCCGUAUGCCAACUGGACGCGAAGUUUUGCGGGACCCACGAGAGGUUUUGCGAGACCCUAGGGAACCCCGGGAAAUUAAGGACCCCCGAGAACCUAAGGAUCCUCGUGAGGCUCGGGGCACUGUCUCAGGCCCCCCAGCACGCCCAGACAGGAAUCUGAUGGCUGAAAGACAGGCAGUAAACAGGCGGCCUGCUUUGCCAGUGCGCGAGUGGGACCGGGACAAACUGCGUCAGGAGACGCCACCUCCACCACCUGCUGAGCGGGCACCUGCCCAGUCUCGGAACAGGGCCACUUCUCCACCAGACAAGCGAGAGCGUCGAGACAAGAAAGUGGCAAAGCGCAAAUCAGAAGAAGAUACACCAGCCAAAUUGCUGGAUGAUUUGUUCCGUAAAACGAAGGCAAGUCCUUGUAUCUACUGGCUGCCUCUUACUGAGGAACAGAUAGCACGGAAAGAAGAGGAGCGAAAGCAACGGCGACAGGAGAGGGAACGCAGGCGACAGCAGCAGCAACUACAGGAAGAGGAAGAGCGCCGUAAGCGAGCUCUUGCACGUGACAUGGCUGCCAAGACAAAGCAGGAGUCCAAGCGCAGUGGCAGCCGUAGUCCUGUGCGGCGGCGUUAAAGAAUCCUAUGCUCCCAGUGGGCUUCAGAAACCAAUAGGGUUGUUCUGGGAGUCCCAUGUGGGGAGACAAGCUGGCCUCUCAGCAUCGACUUCUCUGCCCUAUCAGCCCGGCACCAGCGCGGGCAAGGUAGUAAAGCUUUCUUGCGGCCCCUGAUAUUUCCCAAGCCCUUCUCCAUAUUCCUUUUAGUACCUUUGUCCCUCUGGUCAUAAAUAGUAGGCCUUUCAUUGCUGUGAUUUUUGUAAUGGUGGUUGUUUUAAUUAUUUUUUUUUCUUGCCCUACUUAGUGUUUAUUUUAAUCUUUUUUUUUUUACCUUUUGUUUGGAAGGUGACACAUGUGGGCUCAUGCUGAGUUGUGGCUAGUUUAGUGUGCCUUACUAGCAGAUAAGGAAGGUAAGUAUGGCUAGUAGCAGGAAUGUCUGUAAACCAGAGGGACUAACUUCUUCGACCCCUUUACCCCUUUCCACACCUCCCUCCACCUUGACUUUUGAGCUGCUCCGAAGGAUUCAAGCAUUAGAGCCAAACAGCAGCAGCAGCAGCUAGGACAAGUGGGGGCACACAUCACAACAUGGCAGUGUCUUCUUGCAGAUAAAUGGGGAGAGGGCCCUUGGUCGGACUGCUUGCGUGCGGGACCCUAGUUAGCUGCCAGCAAAACUUCCCCAGGGGUCGAUGGGCCCAGGCAGGAACACGUCGCAGCAUGCACCACAAUGCCUCAAAUUGUCUCCUGAAAAACCAAAAAACAAA